AUGGCGGCGGCGUCCGGGCCCCGCUGGCUCCCGCUGCGCCUCCGGAAGGUCCGCGGCCCGGCGCCCGCUCCUCUGCCGCGCCCGGAUCUGCGCAACGGCGGCGCCGCGGCCUCCUCCCUCAGCGCCAACGGUCACCGCGCCGCCCCGCGCCGCGCCCUGCGCACGCACGCACGCACGCGCGCACGCACGACGCACGCAGAUACGGGGCCUCUGGAGGCGGGGCCAGGGGCAGCAUGCCGGCGAGCGGCGCGCACUCCGCGGCCCGGCUCCCAGCCCGGGGCACGCUGGGAGUUGGAGUCCAGCCGACGCAGAGCACUCUGGGAAAUGGAGUCCGCACCCGACGAGGCCCCACCGCCCCGCCCCGCCCCGCCCCGCCCCUCUGCCUGGGCGUGGGGGGAAACGCAGGGCGGCGCAUGCGCGCCCCGGGCUCCGAGACCGGCGCUCGGUGCUCCCAGCACUUACAGCCUGUCCCCGAGGCGCGGUGGGCGCCGGCUGCUCCCCUGCAGGCCACCCGGGCGCCGGACAGCUCGCCCCGCCCCGCCCCGCCGAGGCCCCGCGCCCGCCCCGCCUCCCCCUCGGGUCCGCCGAGGCCCGCGCCCACCCGCAGACCUGCCGCUGCGCAGCGACAUGAGCGCCCCGAUCUUCGCGCCCGGGGAGGACUGCAGCCCCGCCUGGGGGGCCGCGCCCGCCGCCUACGACGAGGCGGACACGGAGCUGCGCAUCCUGGGGAAGCCGGUGAUGGAGCGCUGGGAGACCCCCUACAUGCACGCGCUGGCAGACACGGCCGCCGCCCGGGGCGGCCGCGUGCUGGAGGUGGGCUUUGGCCUAGGGAUCGCAGCGACGCGCCUGCAGGCAGCUGGUGUAGAGGAGCACUGGAUCAUCGAGUGCAACCAGGGCGUCUUCCAGAGGCUGCAAGCCUGGGCGCGGGAUCAGCCCCACAAGGUGGUCCCCCUGAAGGGCCUGUGGGAGGAGGUCGCCCCCACCCUGCCUGAUGGACACUUUGAUGGCAUCCUGUACGACACGUACCCGCUCUCGGAGGAGACCCUGCACACACACCAGUUCGACUUCAUCCGGGCCCACGCCUUGCGCCUGCUCAGGCCAGGGGGCGCGCUCACCUACUGCAACCUCACGUCCUGGGGCGAGCUCAUGAGAACCAAGUACUCGGACCUCAGCACCAUGUUCGAGGAGACGCAGCUGCCCGCACUGUUGGCCGCCGGCUUCAGGCGCGAGGACGUCACGUGGCGCGAGAUGGAACUGAGGCCGCCCGCCAGCUGCCGCUACUACGCAUGCACGCGCCUGCUGGUGCCCCGGGUGGUCCGCACCCCCACCGCGCCGGGGGCGCCCCAAUAGCGCCUGGGUCUCCCACCUUCGUCGGGCUGCAGAGGUGGCCUGGGCCCGGGGUCCCCAAUAAAGGAUGUCACCCCA